UUUUUAGCCGUGCUGAAGAAGCUGGGACGACUUCGAAAUUUGCGUUCCGUGACACUAAAAUGCAGCAGCGAAUGUGUCGGCCCCCAGCAAAGACGACAUUGGUGGGCGAGAAACGUACCGGAGAGUAUCAAGUUCAGGACAGAUGUGCUGCAGAGUCUGUUCGCUGGCUUGAACGCCAAUCAUGCGACGUCGAAGCUGGAGCAUCUCUGUGUCGAGAAUCUGCAAGGUUGCGGAAAUGAGGUAGUGGCUCGUUCUAGAGACUUCAAAUCGGUCAUGUCGCGCAUCCGCAAAUUGGAGCUUCAGGUUACCACUGAAGAUGUCGAUGGCGAUGGAUCCUUGCCUGCAAACCUCGGUAAGAAGGAACUUCAUUCAUUCUUCGGACAUCGGCUUGUGCAAGAGUGGCUCGAUCCGAUUCGCGACAACUUGACACAUCUGAAGCUCUAUGCACGAGACAUAUAUUUUGGGUACAUGCCAAAGUGUCGUCUGCCCAUCUUCUCAAAUCUGCGGUCUUUGAUGCUUGGAGGAAUGAGUUUUAGCCACAAUGAACAACUUACUUGGAUCUUGGCACACUGCAAUACUCUUGAAGAGCUUGUCCUGGACAAUUGCCCUAUUGUUAUUGGCGUGCGCAUACCGUCCACGCUGGACUCGGACAACUACCCUAUUGAGCCUUUGUUCAACUCA